ACGGCGGCGGCUGUCAGUGGCGGCGAGGGGCUGGGCGGAGCGGCCAUGGAGGGUCAGCGCUGGCUGCCGCUGGAGGCCAAUCCUGAGGUCACCAACCAGUUUCUCAAACAGUUAGGUCUACAUCCUAACUGGCAGUUUGUUGAUGUUUAUGGGAUGGAUCCUGAACUUCUUAGCAUGGUACCAAGACCAGUGUGUGCAGUAUUACUUCUCUUCCCUAUUACAGAAAAGUAUGAAGUAUUCAGAACAGAGGAGGAAGAAAAAAUAAAAUCUCAGGGACAGGAUGUUACCUCAUCAGUGUAUUUUAUGAAGCAAACUAUCAGCAAUGCCUGUGGAACAAUUGGGCUCAUACAUGCUAUUGCAAACAACAAAGACAAGAUGAACUUUGAAUCUGGAUCAACGUUGAAAAAAUUCCUAGAGGAGUCUGUGUCCAUGAGUCCUGAAGAACGAGCCAGAUACCUGGAAAACUAUGACGCUAUUCGGGUUACUCAUGAGACCAGUGCCCACGAAGGUCAGACUGAGCUUCCAGGGUGCUGGGAUCACAGGAGUUCACCGCCACGCCUGGGCUACACUCAUGAGGGAAGUUGUCAUAAAGUAUUUUAGUCAAAAUGAAUAGGAUUUAAUAAGAACUGUUUGGUGUGUUUGUAGCACAUUUAAGUAUCAACACCAGAAAAUUAUGUCUUUUUUUGCUCUUUUCUGUAUGUGACUUGAACUCAUACUUCUUCACAUGCAGGACAGCAUUUCUUUAAUCCUUUUAAAAUUACCUAAUUUAAAAAUACAGAUUUUUAAAUAUACUAUCCACUAUCCCCAAGAAUUUUUUAAGGAGAAAAUAGUUUGAUGUUAGGAUGUAAAUGCAAUUAUUCUUAGCUCAAACUGGAUAACCAUGAAUGUACUAAAGUCAUUCUGGAAUUGAAACAUAACAGCCCUUAUAAUUCAUAUACCUUUUUUGGUUGCAAAGGUAUGGAUUAUUUAACUUUUACUAAGUUUAUAUAAUUAAUAAUAAUAUUGAAGUGGAAGAUAAUGAAGUUAAUUCAGUGCUCUGUUUUUUUGUAUUGCUCUUUUUUUUUUUUUUUUGCCAGUCCUGGGGCUUGAACUCAGGGCCUGAGCACUGUCCCUGGCUUCU